AUGCCCACGUCAGGCUCCUCCUCCGCCACCACAGAGGCCGUCGUCGCCCAGAUUGAGCAGAAGCUUCCCGACGCGGAGCAGGUCAAGGCCAAGGCGGCCUCGGGCCUGCUCAAUCAGCUGCGCGACACGGGCGCCGGGGCCGUCGGCGGCGUCUGCGCCGUCGUCGUCGGUCACCCUUUUGACCUGGUCAAGGUCCGCCUGCAGACGGCCGAACGCGGCGUCUACUCGUCGGCCAUGGACGUGGUCAAGAAGAGCAUCGCCCGCGACGGCCUGCGCCGCGGCCUCUACGCCGGCGUCAGCGCGCCCCUCGUCGGCGUCACACCCAUGUUCGCCGUUUCUUUCUGGGGCUACGGCGUCGGCAAGCAAAUAGUCACCAGCGUCUCCAACGUCGGCCCCGAGGGCCUCUCCAUCGGUCAAAUCUCCGCCGCCGGCUUCCUCUCCGCCAUUCCCAUGACGGCCAUCACCGCGCCCUUUGAGCGCGUCAAGGUCAUCCUGCAGGUCCAGGGCCAGAAGCCGCUCGCGCCGGGGGAGAAGCCCAAGUACAGCGGCGGCCUCGACGUCGUGCGCCAGCUGUACAAGGAGGGCGGCGUGCGCAGCGUCUUCCGCGGCAGCGUCGCCACGCUCGCCCGCGACGGGCCCGGCUCCGCCGCCUACUUUGCCGCAUACGAGUACAUUAAGCGCUCCCUCAGCCCCAAGGACCCCGUCACCGGCCGACCCACGGGCGACCUGAGCAUCGGUGCCAUCAUCGCCGCCGGCGGUGCGGCCGGCAUCGCCAUGUGGAUACCCGUCUUCCCCGUCGACACAGUCAAGUCGCGCCUGCAGACUGCAGAAGGCAAUGUGACGCUCGGUGGUGUCAUUCGUGAACUAUACGGACGCGGUGGUUUCAAGGCCUUUUUCCCUGGUUUUGGCCCGGCCUUGGCGCGUGCCGUGCCUGCCAACGCCGCCACGUUCUUGGGUGUCGAGCUGGCUCACAAUGCCAUGAACAAGGCGUUUGGCAAGGCCGAGUAA